CCAAAACGAUUAAGAUUGAUAUAUUGAUACUACAUCCAGUGUUGAACCAUUUGGACUGCGUCUGAGGGUGCUGCGCUGCCAUCAUGACGAAGGGAAAACAGCCACCUCCCGCUGUGGUCGUGACCAAGGUGAUACGAAAAGCACCUGGUACCACCAACCCUUCUUCAACCUCGUUGCCAUCGUCCUCCUCCCUUCAAAGUCGAUUCAAGAGAACGCAGUCUGGAACAUCUGGGAAUUAUGGAAUGCACAGAUCUGCAUCAUCGUCAAACAAAAGGCGGAAAGUAACCCACAACAGUUUGCCGCAGGAGAAGCUCUCGAUCCGUGCAGAAGACAUUCUUGGCAGCGCCGACAAGGAAGACGCUAUCAAGUCCCUGUACGGACCUCAGCCGCGCACAUCUGCUAUAUCUUCUAGGGUUUUGCCAUACACUAUCGAUGAGAGGCACUUCGCGCCGACAACUCAAUUCUCUCCCCGAGCAGAGCCUUUGUCGCUCGCCGACAUGUGCAUUCGUGCCGCAGCGCAUCGAUUUGACUCGCACGUAUUGCCUCUAGGCGUCGAGAGACCGAUAGCAGGCGAAGAAGAACAGAAAGAGAAGGAAAGAAACGGGCCGAACGGGGCGGGAAACAUAUUGGAAAAGGCGCGGGUGGCAGUCAGAAAACCACCACCAAAGUACAGAGCACGGACAGGACUCUUCAAUUACGAUGAAGGGGCGGACCAAGAUUACGCUGGCGAGACUGUCAGUGAAAGUAGCUCAGGGACUGGAGGAAAGAGCAGACGCCAUGGGCGGCAAGAUGGUGACGGGCUGCGAAUCACACAGCACGAACGACUGCAACGAGAAUGGCAUCUGCUUGUCACGAAGGAGUUCUGGCACUUGCGCAAUGCGUACCUGCUUCGCUCUCAUCUGCCGCCGAGCUUCUUUCCUCGUCUUCAAGAAGCUCUCCUACAGCAUAACCCCAGAUGCCUCACGCGGCACGUGUUAGCCACAUAUUUCGUACUGGGGAGGGAAGAUGUCAAACUGACCAGCUCCAUUGACGCGCUCAGUAACAACCCCUGGUGGCCUGCCACCCUCCUGUCCCUGAUCCUUGCUCCUGGGUCAGCAACGAUCAACAGCAGCGCUUCGCUUGACGCUUCUUUCGACGGGAAUGCAUCUUGCUCUGGGCAUAGCACUGCUGCGGCGCAACAAGCGCUCCGUAGUCUGCGUCUAGAGGGCCUCACUCGUAUUUCGACUGGCACACUUGGAGGCUUCUUUCGGGCCUAUCGAUCCGGGCAGCAUUUGAGGACCGUCAGUCUGCGUGGCUGUGUCGGCAUCGGCGCAUCAGCGAUGGCAGCCCUCGUGUCGUCCUCAUCGGGCUGUGGGCGCGUGCUCAAGUCCAUCAACCUUGACCACACGGAUAUUGGUCCCGAAGGCCUUGAGGAACUCAUCAAAGGUGCCGGAGCGCAGCUUGAGGUUCUCAAGGUCUCCAGUGUCGAGCGUCUGAACGAUGAGACCGUUAUCGCGCUUCUACAGAGGUGCAAAGAGCACGCCUCCAAAGCAGAUCCACCAUUCGUGCCGCUUGCCAAGCUGCGCACACUGAAGGCUCGCAAAACAGCCAUCGGAGAUGUAGCUAUCAGCAGUCUUCUCUGGCUCUGCGCUGAAAGCAUUGAGAACAUCAACAUUGCGAACACUCAGAUCGCGCACAGAGGCAAUUUCGCUUUGCUUGCCCUCGCACUCGGCCUUCCUGGCUACGAAGGCCAGGCGUCCGUAGCACCUUCGGACAUAAGUUCCAUGCGGAGCCCUACACGAGUACGCAAGCUGGUGCUCUCUGGUUUGCUGUGCUACCCGUCAUCCUUCCACAAGUUCAUCCAUGCGCUGUGUCUUCAUCCGGCUUCCGACUCUGCAGGAACAGCCUCCUCGCCAGAUUGGAGCGUGUCGGACUGCCGUUUGGAGACGCUCGUUCUUGACGACAUGCGUAUGUCGCUCUCGCAUCCAGACUCAGCCCGGCGGCUCGAAGAACACGGUCUAUCUGCCGAAGCGCUCGAGUCGGUACGCACGGCUCUGCUGCCCGUGCUACGCGCACGCGCGAGCAUUAUGACGCAAAGCUCUGCAGGGGCAGCGGCAUUCCGACCCCUAAUGGAUCGCAUCAGCCUCGCUGCGAAUGCGCGCCUCGGCUCGCGCUCUGGAGCGAUCGUUCGCGGAAACGCCUUUGAAGAAGAAGUGAUGCACCGUUUCGUGCGCGACGUUGGGCGCGUCUGUAGGCGCUUAGAUCUGGGCGGUAUCACAAUUGGAGUGGAAGACGUGCCAUUCGCUGUGGACAGCCAGGAGGAGCAGGAGGGUGAAGGGGUGGACGGGGUGCACGCGUUGAGUUCAGGGAGCAAACGGGAUGUGAGGCAAGCGCGCUGCACGCUGCAGGAGCUGAUCAUCCACGCUGACGUUCAAGACGAGGUUCUGGACGCCAUCGAGCAAGGUUGCACAGCGCUACGCCGUCUCGAUCUCGCGGGGUCGCACGCAAGUCCCGAACGCGUGGACGCCAUCCUGGUCAAGAAUCGCUUCCUGACUGAACUUGACCUCACACUCUGCAGAGGGAUCGCCAGGGGCGAGAGGAGGGAUUACUUUGCGGUGCGUGCGGCGUGCUAAAAUGUAGUGGCGGGGCGCUGAUGCCACCUACGCUUUUGAUCUCUCGGGAAUGAAACCAGGCUUACGAAGAGCGCAAAGCAGAAGACACGCAGCCGUCGCAAAUAAAACCUUCGUCGCAUUCCCGGCGUCGCUGAUAUCCGCUUCCGAGACCAACAAAGCGGAGUUUCUCUCGUGUAUCAUCGGUCAUUCUCGGCCAUCGUCUCACAUAUAUUUCUUUGGGUUCGAUUCGACGCGUGGUUAAAAAGGGCGUUGACCUUACUGCUCGACAAAGUGCUUGCUCUGUGCUGGUUGGACCGAGAUGGCAUCACUUUGACCAGAGC